CAAGUGGCCGCUGAUAAUCAUGGCGCCCCUCAGAACCACUGUGUCGCUGUGGAACCUCCUGAGGGGUUCUCCAGGCAUGAAAAGGGUCUGUUUCCGGGCUCGAAUCCAGCCCUGGCACGGUGGCCUGCUCCAACCGCUACCUUGCUCUUUCGAGGUGGGGCUGCCACGCUGCCGGUUCAGCUCCGAGGCCGCAGAAUCUGGUAGCCCAGAGACCAAGAAACCUACAUUUAUGGAUGAGGAAGUUCAAAGCAUACUCACAAAAAUGACAGGCUUGAACUUGCAGAAGACUUUUAAACCAGCUGUACAAGAACUGAAGCCACCAACCUAUAAGCUAAUGACUCAGGCACAGUUGGAAGAGGCUACAAGACAGGCAGUUGAGGCAGCUAAAGUACGAUUAAAAAUGCCACCGGUUCUGGAAGAGCGAGUACCAAUAAAUGAUGUGUUAGCUGAAGAUACGAUUUUGGAAGGAACAGAAACAACCAAAUAUGUGUUUACUGAUAUAUCAUAUAGCAUACCACACCGGGAGCGUUUUAUUGUCGUUAGAGAACCAAGUGGCACACUACGCAAAGCCUCUUGGGAAGAACGGGACCGGAUGAUACAAAUUUAUUUCCCAAAAGAAGGUCGUAAAGUUUUGACACCAAUAAUUUUCAAGGAAGAAAAUCUUAGGACUAUGUAUAGUCGGGACAGGCAUGUUGAUGUCCUCAAUCUCUGCUUUGCCCAGUUUGAGCCAGAUUCCACUGAGUAUAUCAAGGUUCAUCACAAGACCUAUGAAGAUAUAGAUAAACACGGAAAAUAUGACCUUUUACGUUCAACAAGAUACUUUGGUGGAAUGGUGUGGUAUUUUGUAAAUAAUAAAAAGAUUGAUGGUUUGCUGAUUGACCAGAUUCAGAGAGAUUUAAUCGAUGAUGCAACCAGCUUGGUCCAGCUGUAUCACAUACUCCAUCCAGACGGCCAGUCGGCUCAAGAGGCCAAGGAUCAGGCUGCUGAGGGAAUAAAUUUAAUCAAGGCACGAACUCCCAACACACAGAAAGGGAGAGGAAACUAACAAAAGUUUGGAAGCUGGAAAGCUGGUGGAGGAAUAUAAACAUUCUGUUAAAACAGCAGAGAAAACAAAUCCUAAAUCAGGAGUGAGAACAGCAUAGAAACAAUGUGAUUUACACCCAAUAUGUCUCAUGAAUGGUAGUGCUAAAAACAAACAAAUUGCCCUAAAAGCAUUUAGAAACUCUAGAUCUGCUCCCCUCUCCCACCUCUUGACAAAGAAGACAGGUUUAUUCUUUGGAGAGGGCAAACUAAAGAGUCUCCAGACUAGGAGAUUCCAAGCGUACUUGGAGGAAGAAGUACGGAGUAUCAAAGGAAAACAGGAGAUUAUGAAAAUGGAUACAGAGACUCAAUGAAAUAUUAAAUACUGAGACUCUAAGGUAUCUUCUGUUGAGACCCCAGAAUGAUGGUGACUGGGGAGCUUUUCACUAAAAUCUACUGAGCCCACGGGAAAAGACUUCAAAAUACUAAAAUGUCAACUCCAUGAAGGCUACAUGUCAGCAGAAACAGUGCCUAGUACAUUGUUAAAUUCGUUACAUAAAUGGAAAGUCAUCAAAAAUUCAUUAGCUAAAGAUACUGACAUUGAGACUCCCUAAUCAAAUGGGCCAACCACACCAGAUACUGUGAAGUCCAAACCCAAUAUGCCCCACCCACAAAUUCAGACCUUCUGAUCAUCUGUUUCUUGUACCUUCACUCUUAAGUGAGGGCCCAAGGACAUCAGAUACUUGAGGAAAAUCGCUAACAGGAAAGAUGGAGAUCAAAAUGAAGCAAUAAAAGGAACUUGAAGGAAGCAUACCAUAUAGGGGGAAGAGAAAACUUCAAAAUCUAAAAACAAAAAUAUUCAUAUCUGUAGAAGGAUAAGAGAAACUUUUAUCUAUAAACAAUAAGAUUUUAAAAGAGAAUAGGAAAAUCAGUGCAGGACAUACAACAUUAACCAUUCCAGAAAGACAGAAUACAGAAAACAAAGGAAGGAAAUCACCAUAGAAUGAUUCAUGAAAAUCUUUCAGAAAUGUAGGACAUAAGUUUCCCAUUAAAAAAGCUCAUCUAAUAACUGGCAGGAUUAAUGAAAAUUGAUUCCUACCAAGGCCUACCAUGAUUAUAACAUUUCAGUACAACAGAGACGACAUUCAGAAAGUUUCCACAGAGAAAAACCAGGUCAUGUACUAAGAAUGAGGAAUAAAAACGGCUUUAGACUUAAACAAUAACUACAAGGCAAUGGAACAAUGCCUUCAAAAUUCUGAGAGAAAAUUACCUCCAACAAUUCUAUACCAGUUAAAUGGUCGAAUAUGUUUUAGGGUAGAACAAUGGCACUUUCAGAUAUUCAAAGUCACAAAACAAUUUAUCUCCCAUUAACAACCCUUUUCUCAGGAAACUGCUGAAGGGCGUGCUCUCCCAAAAUGAGGGAGCAAAGCAGGAAAGGAGAUAGGGGUAUAAGAAACAAUGGAUCCAACAGGACAGAAGCAAAGGAAGCCCCAACAUGAUAGUGAAGGGAAAUGCAUGAUGAGAGCAGGAAAACCAGUGCAGUCUGAAGGAGACUAAGCAAACUGAAAGGAGAUCUUCGGGAACUCUGGAGAACCAGCAAAGUCCAGGUAGAACUAAUCACAGGUACACAGAAAAUUAAGCAAAGGGGGAAAAGAGACAAUUAUAGACUCCAGGGAAAACAAACAAUUGCA